CUUCGACAUCGGCCAUGUCGGAAUUCAUCUCAUUCCUACCCCCUCCCGGUCUGGCUCUGGCCAACUAUGAUUCGGCCGCACUGCACACGACGCAGCCGCAAGACGUGCCAGAGAUCUUCCGCGACGCCAUGAGUGUGCGCGAAGAUGUCUUUGUCAAGGAGCAAAACAUUGCACUGGAGAACGAGGUCGACAUUGACGACGCACGCAGCUUCCACUGGGUUGCCUACGCCUCGGUCGGCACGUCUGGCAGCGACGGCAACGCUGCAAUGGACGGCGUCAACAAGGACUCUGCAACGUCUGCCGAGAAGUCGGGUCGCAAGGGCAGUACCGCCAUGAGACUGCCCGUCGGAACAAUCAGACUCGUGCCACCUCCUCACCCGCCUCAUCCCCAACCUGGCUCAAGUCACAAGAUCGACAACCACGAGGGUUUGCCGCAAGACAUGCAGAGUGGACUGAGCAAGACCGACAUGCAUGAUGGCAAGGAGGCAUACAUCAAGCUCGGCCGCCUGUCCGUUCUCCAGCCCUUCAGAGGUAUCCACACUGACAUUACUGCUGCAANNGGACUCGGACUCGCCCGUCUUCUCAUUGAUGCUGCCCUCACAUGGGCAACGGACAACGUGGACAAAAUCCUGCCGCCCGUGUCUCCUGCAGCAGCUGAGCAACGCAAGCUCGAGCUUGGAGGAGGAGCCGAAGUCGAAGACGUAUGGAGAGGUCUUGUCCUGGUGCAUGCCCAAGCAUAUUUGGAGAAAUACUGGGCCUCGUUUGGCUUUGUCAAGGACGAAAGCAUGGGUACGUGGGAGGAGGAAAACAUCAUGCACGUGGGCAUGUGGAAGCGUGUAGAGUUGAGUGCAGAGUCACCGAAAUUGAGGAAGAGGAGCGUGGUGGGC